GCUCUUGCAGAGAGACGGCAGACACUCAGAGACCGUCUUCUCCGGGUGUUCGUGAGCGUUUCGCUCCGAUGAUGGUUAGCUGAGACUGGAGAUCUCGCCUGUUGCCUUCCUUUCGCAAUAACCAACUAUCCAUUCCUUCCUUUCCUCAAACGGAUUCGAGUUCCUUUAUCCGCGCGCGCACCGCAGCCGCCAUCCAUUCUUUGUUCUCCUUUCUCUCACAGAUUUGGCUCUCCUCGCCCCCGCGACGCGCCUUCGGAUCUAGAUGCUUUCGGGACGCAGGAGAUUAUUAGCGCUCUUUUGCGAGUAGAUGCCCGGGAAAACUGGGGAUCUGGGAUUCCAUUAUCGACAGAGCAAAGAAUCGCCGAACAGCAGAGAGUGCGCUCCGGCGCACCCAACACAACCGACCAUGGCGGCGAGGGAAGUCGAAGGGCUGCUGGUGGGCGAAAGGUCCACGGGCAACUCGCCGAGGAUAGUUGUGGCCAAGAGGGAUACCACGUCGACGAUUUAUCCGCCUGAGGUCGUCCCCACCAUGACGAGCUCCAUGACGUUCACCUCGCUUGCGCUCGCCCCGACAUUAUCGACGAGAUCGACGACGACAACCCUCCAGACUUCAACGGAGACGCCAACAAGCACAGCAGUGCGACCUACGGCCACUUCGGAGCCGAGCGAAGGCGAGAGCGACAGCGGGGAGCUGAGCGGAACGGCGAAGGCCGGUAUCGUGAUUGGUGCGCUGGCGGGUCUCCUGGUGCUCUUCGUGUUGCUGUACUUGGUCUUCAGCGCCCGGAAGAGGAAGCUCGAGAGGCGCAGACAGCAGAUCGAGGAUGACGAGAAGAUCAACGGCCCGUUCGCCGACAGCGCCGCCAUCCGACCGGCGCCAAACAAAGCGCCGCGGCUCAGCCUACGGCCCGUCACGCAGUUUUUCCCCAACUUCAACUCUCAGUCUCAGGCGGAGAGGAGAGCCAGCCGCGGCAUCGACUUGACGCUGAACCCGGUCUCCAGCACCACAACCUCACAGCUGAACCGUCCGACGGGAGGCAGCGCCUGGGAGCGCCCGACAGUCCGCUCGACCAUGGCCAGCCCCAACCUCGACAACAACCGGCCGGGCACAAGCGGAAGCCUGUACCCGACCGCCAACCCCUUCCACGAUAACCAGCGCAUCCCCGACGAACCCGUCAGCCCCAUCAGCUCCAUGGGCUCCUUCGAUCUGGGCGGCGUCGGCCGCGCCACCACGACCAACGCACCGCCCGAGCCGGUCUCUCCAAUCGGCGGCGACGACGACGACGAGCAGCACCAGAUCGGUGUCGCCUCGAGCAGCGGGCCCGCGGCCUCUAGUCUGACGCGCAAAACCUCCAUGCGCAAGGACGCCCCCAAGCCGCUUGACCUGACCAAGCCGCCGUCGCCGUUGUACGCCGUGCCUCCCAGCCCCGCCGGCACCGAGUACUCGAUGCACUCCAUGGCCCCGGGCCAGUCGCCGGGGCCCUCCGCCAGCGCGGCCGCCAUCGCCGCGGCCGGCGGCCCCGCCCACUCGACCGUCCACCGGGUCCAGCUCGACUUCAAGCCGACCUUGGACGACGAAAUGGAGCUGCGCGCCGGCCAGCUCGUCCGUCUCCUCCACGAGUACGAUGACGGCUGGGCCCUCUGCAUCCGCCUCGACCGCUCCGAGCAAGGCGUCGUCCCGCGCACCUGCCUCUCCACCCGCCCCGUGAAGCCCCGCGCCCCACCGCAGCAGCAGCAGCAGGCCGGCGCCGGGCCGCGCGGCGGCUAUGGACGGCCGCGGAGCCCGAACGGCGGCGGGAGAAGGGGUCCGAGUCCCGGUCCGAGUUCCGGCGGCCCGGGGGGUUAUCAGGGCGGGAACGUGGGCCCUGCGCCGGGGCAGGCUUAUUGA